AUGCAUGAUGGGUGCUGCCAGUGCCAGGGGGCGUUACGCAGCAGUGAAGCACCUUUUGCAGGCCACCUUUUGCCCAUCUUUGCAUCAAGGCCGCUUCAAUGCUUUUAGAACUAGGUGCCCCAGCUCCUUUCAAAGUCGUGUUAAUGUGCAAACACAACAACUGAGCUCAAUUGGAGACCUUUCCGCCUGGAGCAGAAAAGAUGUUGAUUCUUGGAAGGCGCAGUGAUUGCGCAGCAUUUGAUGGCUUUAGUGCAUAUCGCAUAGAAGCUCAUAUGCUGUGAAAGACUUGUGCUGUCUUUGGAUUGCAUGUCUCUGGUGUGAUUGAAUUCUCCCCACAAGUUAGCCAAUGCUUAGAUCCUUCCCCUCAUUUUAUCAGAAUUUGGACCUCAAAAGUGACAGGCAGGAAAGAAGAGAAGAUCUUGAGAAAGAGGAGGGGAGACAGAGAGAAAAAAGUUUUGGAAGGAGAGUGUGAAGAGAAAAGCAGCAGCAACCAGGACUCUGGUUUGGGAUGGGCCCCCCUGGUGGUUCAACACCGCAAGGAAAUACGAGUCUGGCGGAACGGUUUAGUGCGCUGGGGGCAGGGGAUAUCGCAGACGAUGACAGCAUUGCAGACGUCCGAGCACCUCUGCUGGACAGUUACGCGGACGAAGAGAGGGCAAAGGGAACCGGAGCGGAGGAUGAGAGCGGGGGGCUCCACAGGAGGCUCACUUUUGUGGACGGCAUCAGUGUUGUCGUGGGAAUCAUCGUAGGCAGCGGCAUAUUCGCUAGCCCCGGAGUUGUCCUACAAAGCACGGGGAGCGUUGGGCUCUCCUUGCUAGCAUGGCUGGGCGGGGGAACGCUUGCCAUGCUUUCGGCGCUCAUCUACGCGGAGUUGGGCAGCUCGAUCCCUCAUGCAGGGGGGGACAGUCACUAUCUGCGGAUUGGCUUCAGCAACGUUGUCUCGUUCAUGUACACGUGGACAUCAUUCUUUGUGCUCAACGGAGGGGGACUUUCCAUUGUUUCGGUCACGUUUGCGCAGUACAUGGGCUCCCAGAUAUUCGAUGAUUACUCAAGCAACGCGUACGACUGGCGCGUGAAAGGGCUGUCGCUGGCGUGCAUCGUCGUGCUCACACUAACCAACUGUUUCGGCGUUCAAAUGGGUAGCUGGGUGCAGAACGUGCUCAGCGGCUCCAAGCUCGUUCUCGUCCUCCUAUUGGCUGGCGCCGCCGUCGUAUAUCUGCACGAUGAGCCUGCCGUCGCGGCGCGCAACAUGGCGCAUCCUUUCCGGGACAGCCAACCAGCGGGAUUUGGUCCGGGAAUGGUGGCUGCCCUUUGGGCCUUCGACGGCUGGAGCGCCGUGACGAUGUUGGGCGAGGAGCUGAAGAACCCCGGGCGCGACAUGCCGCGCAGCAUCGUGUUCGGCAUGCUCACUGUCAUUGUUAUCUACGUCACCGCCAACGUGGCGUACCUCUGCAUCCUGCCCGUACACACCGUCAAGUUUGGCGCGGUGGUUGCGGUGGACGCUGUGGAGCGCGCGUUGGGCACGUGGGCGGGCAGCCUGACCGCCAUCCUAGUUGCGCUCUCUACGCUGGGGAGCGCGAACGCGACCAUCAUGUGCGGGGGACGCUACCUGUAUGCGGCCUCCCGAGCCGGCCAGAUUCCGUCCUGGAUGAGCGCACUGGGGCAAAAAAGCCGGGCGCCGUACGCCGCUCUAUUAGCGCAGGGAGCGUGGGCGUGCCUGCUCCUGCUGUGCUCCUCCGCGAGCCUGUCGUCCCUCAUCAACUACUUCGGUGUGGCUAGCUGGGUCUUCUACGGCCUCUCCGCGCUCUCGCUCGUGCGGAUACGCGCACGCUUCCCGAGCAUCCACAGGCCGUUUAAGCUCCGGGCGCAUUGGGCGUUUUCGUAUUCCGUGUUUGGACUUGCGUGUUACCUCGUGUUGACAUCGCUCAUGCGGAACGCGGGCCCCGCGUCGGCUGCGCUCGGAUUUGCGCUCCUCUCGAUUCCGGUCUACAAGCUGACCCAAUGGUUCCGUGGCGGAAUCCCUCACAUUGAGUCGGUCAAACAUUUACGGUGCGACUCCGUCAGUAAUUUCGUAGAAAGGUCUGGCUGAAGCUCUUCCUUCCUGUGUGUCUUCCUGAAAUGUACUUCUAGAAUCAAAAGAUUCAUUAGUGAAGAUGGUAAAGGCAGAUUCGUCAAUGCCGCGUUUCGUAUCGUCAAGGUCUACGUUUGUGAAAACAAGUAUUUUGUUGAGUAAGUAAAUGAGGCGAUGCAUUCGUACAGGUAGAAUAUUUUCGUAGGUAAUACUGAAGACAAUCUUUUACGUUAGACAUGUAGCUUCAUUAAUUCGGUUAAAAACGGGUGCGGAAGACUCCUUUGUAAGCAUAUUGGAUUAACUAUCUAACAGCCCAGAU